UGGGAACCAGAGAGGAAGGAGGAGGACUUCAGCGCUCAGCCAUCCAGACACCCAGCUAGACAUGAAGAAAAAAGGAAAGAAAAUGUAUCCGGAAAUGAGAAAGAUAAAAGGCCUGAAGCAGAAGAUAGAUGGAAUAAUUUAAGUUAAGAAGAGCUGGUUCAAACUUCUGCUGAAUCACAACCAUUCAGCGCCGAGCUAUGACAAGAGAGGAAACAAGAAGUUAAAGGAGCAACAGGGCCAUACGUGAAGAGAGAAGUUCACUGAUAACAUGCUCUUACGAAGCUCAGGAAAAUUAAAUGUGGGCACCAAGAAAGAGGAUGGCGAGAGUACAGCCCCCACCCCUCGCCCCAAGGUCCUUCGCUGCAAAUGCCACCACCACUGUCCAGAAGACUCAGUCAACAACAUCUGCAGCACAGAUGGGUACUGCUUCACAAUGAUAGAAGAAGACGACUCUGGAACCCCUGUUGUCACCUCUGGAUGUCUAGGACUAGAAGGGUCAGAUUUUCAAUGUCGAGACACUCCCAUUCCUCAUCAACGAAGGUCAAUUGAAUGCUGCACGGAAAGGAAUGAAUGUAAUAAAGACCUACACCCUACUCUGCCUCCGCUGAAGAACAGAGAUUUUGUUGAUGGACCUAUACACCACAAGGCCUUACUUAUAUCUGUGACUGUCUGUAGUUUACUCUUAGUCCUCAUUAUUUUAUUUUGCUACUUCAGGUAUAAAAGACAAGAAGCCAGGCCUCGGUACAGCAUUGGACUAGAGCAGGAUGAAACUUACAUUCCUCCUGGAGAGUCCCUGAGAGACUUAAUAGAGCAGUCUCAGAGCUCGGGAAGUGGAUCUGGUCUCCCUCUGCUGGUCCAAAGGACAAUAGCUAAGCAAAUUCAGAUGGUGAAGCAAAUUGGAAAAGGUCGCUAUGGGGAAGUGUGGAUGGGCAAGUGGCGUGGAGAAAAGGUAGCCGUGAAAGUCUUCUUCACCACCGAGGAAGCCAGCUGGUUCCGAGAGACGGAGAUCUACCAGACGGUCCUGAUGAGGCAUGAAAACAUUCUGGGCUUCAUUGCUGCGGAUAUUAAAGGAACUGGGUCCUGGACUCAGCUGUAUCUCAUCACAGACUAUCAUGAAAAUGGCUCUCUUUAUGACUACCUGAAAUCCACCACCCUAGAUGCAAAGUCCAUGCUGAAGUUAGCCUACUCUUCUGUCAGCGGCCUCUGCCACUUACACACGGAAAUCUUCAGCACCCAAGGCAAACCAGCAAUCGCCCACCGAGACUUGAAAAGUAAGAACAUCUUGGUGAAGAAAAACGGGACUUGCUGCAUAGCUGACCUGGGCUUGGCUGUCAAGUUUAUCAGUGAUACAAAUGAGGUUGACAUUCCACCCAACACGCGAGUGGGCACCAAGCGCUACAUGCCUCCAGAAGUGCUGGAUGAGAGCUUGAACAGAAAUCAUUUCCAGUCUUACAUCAUGGCUGACAUGUACAGUUUUGGACUCAUCCUCUGGGAGAUUGCGAGGAGGUGUGUUUCUGGAGGUAUAGUGGAAGAAUACCAACUUCCCUAUCAUGACCUUGUGCCCAGUGACCCUUCUUAUGAGGACAUGAGAGAAAUCGUGUGCAUUAAGAAAUUACGACCUUCAUUCCCCAAUCGGUGGAGUAGUGAUGAGUGUCUCAGGCAGAUGGGGAAGCUUAUGACAGAGUGCUGGGCUCACAAUCCUGCCUCCAGGCUGACAGCCUUGCGAGUCAAGAAAACACUUGCCAAAAUGUCAGAGUCCCAGGACAUUAAGCUCUGACAUGGGAUACUUGUGGACUGAGCAAGAGAUUUUACAGAAGCAUACGUAGCCCAAGCCUUGAACAUCGUCCUGCUGCCCAGUGGGUUCAGACCUCCCCCCUCAGGGAGCAAGCUGGACAGACAUAGAAGGCCCCAGAAACACUGAUUCAUCAUGGCUUUCUGAGGAGGGGAAACCAUUCGGGUAACUUGUUCAAGAUAUGACUCAUGUUGCUUUCUAAGAAAGCCCUGUAUUUUGGGAUUGCCAUUUUUUAAAAAAAAGAUACUUUAAUUUUACCAAAAUAAAAAAAAUAUUGUAGAUGUUUUAAGGUUUAUACAGCUAUAGUUUAAAUUACAAAAAAAAUUCUUCGUAGAAAAUUUUGUAGAAGUCAAAAUGUUUUUCCAUUGGCAAAAUGUUCUUGCACUCCACAAACCAAAACAGUCUUGAGAGCAUAAAUUACAAUCCAACUUCCCCGCUCCCCUGCCCCAGCCACCUCAGACUGUUUGGGCAAGCCCUGCUGUGGGCUGCCAUUGCAGUGUGAGUGUACAUGCCUACAGGUCCCACCUAUCUGGGACCACAGUUUAGAAUCCGGCAGGUGGACCUCUUGCAGCUUCAGCCAGUGUGGGACAAACGAAGGUUUUAUGUCACUAAUAGAAGUGUGUGUUGGUAGGCAUUUUUCAGAACCACGCCCGUUUCUGGUUGCAUUGGGCAACUCUCUCCAGUAAUUGCCCUCCUGUUCCUUAAACACAAGCCAAGGUUUCCUCUUGUGCGGAGAAUCAGCCUGGGCCUGCUUGUGCUCUCCUGAAUCAGAAGAUCAAUACUAAAUAAAACCAUCACGAGUAUGGGAGAGACAAGGUACUUUGCAAUACAAGUGAUUUGUGCUUGGGUUGCAAGAAAAAGAUGCCAGUAAGCCAGGGCACAAGUUGAGGGUGUAGAUACGAGAGCCCAUUACAGAACCAUAGGGAAGUAGUAUACACACCAUAGUUUGUAUCGACACAGAUAGUUUAAUGUUGGUGUCUUUACUAAAUCUUGGAGUCAAGAAGUAGAGAGGAAGACUGUCAGGUUAAAGUCACUAAACUUCUAUUUAAAAAUAAGCUUCAGGUGGUGGGUUGAACAGAGAGAAGUUAAUUAAGUCAUUAAACAUCAUGGCUGCUGUGGUUUAUUCCAGAAUAGACAUGGAUCCGGUAUAGACCUGUUAAGUGAUUAUUUCACACCUUAGGCACAACUCAUUCAUUCUAAUGUACAUUUCCCUAAUAACUUAUUCUGUUUCUCCAUUAUGGCAUGUGAACAAAACAGCUUCUGAUUCAGCUCUAUGUGGUUUUAACUUUUGACUAUAUGAGCAAAGUCACUGACAAGCCAGUAUUCCUUAGAAACAGGGCCACAGUAAAGUAGAAAAUGCCACUCCACCCCUGCAACUUUAUCCAUUUAUUUCCUUGCUGUGUUUCUUCCUUAAUGAUUUGAAAUUCCUUACUGGUUAUUAAGGACAGUUAAAAUACUUUGCCUCAGAAAAUGACAUUCCUCCCAGAGUACUCCAGGGGGCAGUGUUUUCCUAUACAUUUCACUACUGGGUACUUGCAAGAUGGAGACUUUAAGAAAAAUUGACAGCUGUGUGAGGAAUGAGGAAAUAUUUUAUUCUCUUCUAGAGUAGACGUUCAGCUGGUAGACUGUUCAUCUGGAAAGAUCUCUGGAGUGACAGUGUCUGCCAGAGGCACUCGGAGUUUGGGAACACUGUAGAGAAGUGUGCCCUUUCUGUCCCAACUCACUGCCUGGUACCACAGAACCAUGUUUUGUUUGCCAGUAAAAAAGAAGAAUUUCUUAGUUCUUGAAUUUGAAAAAAAUAAUGUGUUGUUAAUUUAAUGGUUAUCAGAUUUUGUUCUUGCUGAGGUCAGUAUCCUCAGCUGAGCCACUGAAGAAUCCUUUCUCUGUUAAAUUGUGUUUUCUAUAGACAGUUUUGCCAUGUAUUUGUAAACUGAGUGUGGCAGUCAUCUGGGCUUGGAAGGAAAAAGCCUUAGUGCCUGGACAGGUCUAUCUACAAACACCCAAGUAAGCAUUUUGCUAGUUAACUAGUUUUGAUUUCAGUUCUGGGUUUUCCUUAGGUUUAAGUAAGAUUGAGGAACCUCUUAAGUCAAGCUGUGUUUUCUUAGUAGAUUUUAAACAUGGGUAACUUCAAAUUAGAGUUUUUUUGUGGUGAGGCUGUUUAUGAUGUAAAUUUUAUUAGAUAUCUAGGGUUCCAGUGAAGAAUGGGAGAAACUUAAGGAUGCCCAGAUUUCAUCCAGAUUAUUCAUUUUAUUGCUUUUGGAAAAAUCAACAACUUAUUUCUAAUUAUCAACCAUAUUUAUUCAGUAUGAAAAUCUUGAAAAUUAUUCAGAUACUUUAAAAGAUCCACUCAGUUAUUACCGAUUUUCAAUGAAAUUAUAAUUUAUAACUUAUUUAUGAGUAUAAUUUCUGUCGUAAGAAAAUCUGUUUAGUAAGACUAAGUUGUUAAGGACUACCUGUUCACUUCCCAAUAAUCCAUGCUUUUACACUUCUAGCAUAUCAGAAGUGAAAGUUAUUUUCUCUUUUGCUUUGGCUUCCUGCAAAUUAGUAAUAUGAUUGACUGCUGCUUACCGUCAGGGCUAUUUCAAAGAGUAAGAUUUACUUCUAAUUCCUCUCCCCCAAAGGAACCUAAAUUAUUAAUUGUUAGAUAAACUUUGUAUGUUCAAGUUUAUGGUUGAUGUAUGUGUGUAUAUAUUAUAUAAAUAUAGAUGUAUAUGUAAAUAAUGUUCAUUCUGGAGUCUGGCACAACUCUAGUGCGUAGAUUAGAGAGUAAAAUAUUAUGGAUGAUAAAGUCCUAAAUGAAGCAUAGUAUUUAUUUAUGGAAGCAUGUACAUUGUUAACUCAAAAAUGAAGAGCAGUGAGCACCAUGUCUGACCUCUUGGACAAGGUACCCACAGUCACUACUGAGCAGGAUUUAUAUUCCUCAAAUGGAAAACUUCUUAGAUAACAUGCUGGGAUUUUAGACACAAGGGCUUCCUUCACACAUUUCAGUUGGUGUGCAGUCAAGGAUAACAACUUAAUAAUGACUGAUUUAAUGUUCCUGGGGUCAUGCAUGUUCAUCGGGAAUUUUAUAUUGUUCACCUGUUCUCAUACUUCUUUGUGGAUGGAAAGGCAGUAAGAAAAAUACAUUUUUAAAAAAAUUUGAACAUGUUUUGGUGGUUAUACCACCUCUGAAACCCCAAGUCCCAAAAACAGUGGAAAUGAAAGGGACUGCAUCAAAAUUGAUGCAAUUUAACAAAUGGAACUAGUUGUUACACAAGCUAAUGCCCUAUUUUUUUAGGAGAAAAGCUGGCAAUAUAUGGGGGUGUCGUUUUCUGUCUGUUUCGAAAGAAGACUCAUUUGUGUUCUUUAGGGGGAACCAGUGCCUUAUGGAAUUUGUAUAUACUGUAAUUAUUCAGGGUUAGGGAACAAACACUUGUAUUUGUUACAAAUUGUGUAUGACCUGUUUUCAUAUUACCUUCAAUAAAUGGUGUCAUUUUCCCCAUA